AAUAAUGAAACUUCAAUUAUUCAAACACCAAUACUAGCUCAAAUUAAAAAUUUUAUUGAAGAUAAUUAUAUAACUGAAGAAGAAAUCGAAGAAGAUAUUAUUAGCAGAAAAACUUUACCAGUUGUUCAAAAAGAAGAAAAAAUUAUUAAAAAACAAAAAAUUAAUACUAUUAAAUUAGAUAUUAAAGAUA